ACGCGCGCCCGCUGCACAAUGCCAUCUGCUUGGCCCCGGCUGCAGCUCGCCUGCUCCUUUAUUUUAUUUUUAUCUUUUCGUUUCCACUUACUUCGACGCGGCGUGACGAGAGCGACCGUGUCCCGGAACACAGCGCGCUUUCAUCGGAAACGGCGUGUCGUGGACAAGGCGAACGAUUACAAGCGAGCCGCUCUCGCGCAGCAGCAGCAUCGACCAAACCAGCAGACGACGAAUCUGUCGUACGUGUGUGACGUGACGUCAGGAGAUCCACGGCAGACUGGACUCGGGCAAAAUGUUGCGUUCCGUCUUGACGAAUCACGUUUUCCAGCAAGGAUUGAAUGUACUGGUGAAAAACAAUGCCGCUAUCCUGGGCACGCAGAGCGCGCUCUUAGAGCAAACAAAAAAAUUAACAACACCAGCUGUUGGAAGCUCAUCGACAACAGCCCCAGCAACAAAAGAACCUUACAGUCCCUUCCCGAAAAAGAGUAAUACGGUUGAAUAUGCUCUGGCUAGACUCGACGAUUUAUUGAAUUGGGGCAGAAAAGGUUCUAUUUGGCCUUUGACAUUUGGUUUGGCUUGCUGUGCUGUGGAAAUGAUGCAUAUUGCUGCACCUCGUUACGAUAUGGACAGGUUUGGCGUUGUAUUCCGUGCCUCACCCAGACAUGCUGAUGUAAUUAUUGUAGCUGGUACACUAACAAAUAAGAUGGCUCCUGCACUAAGGAAAGUUUAUGAUCAAAUGCCAGACCCUAAGUGGGUCAUUUCUAUGGGCAGUUGUGCCAACGGUGGAGGCUAUUACCAUUAUAGUUACUCUGUUGUUCGAGGGUGUGACAGGAUCAUACCUGUGGACAUUUACGUACCUGGCUGUCCUCCCACGGCAGAAGCACUCCUAUAUGGAAUUUUGCAGUUACAAAAGAAAGUUAAGCGAAUGGAGACUACUCAAGUCUGGUAUAGAAAAUAAACUUGUUUAUAAUAUGACAAGUAGUCAAAUUUUUAAAACAAUCAACUGUAAAAUAUUAAUUUAUGAUUACGUUUAAAAUUAAAAAAUCAUUCAAAGAUUAUUACGCCUUAACUUCUAUUAUUGUGAAGAAAUUUUGUUAUUAAAAAUGCUUUGUUAGAAUAAAAAUGAUCUAAAAUAUAUGAAACAAAAUCUUUUACAUUUCUAUUUUUAUAAACCAAAUUAAAAUAGUUAAAUCUUCAAACGUUUCAAAUAAAAUCUCAUUA